UUCCGCAUUGGGAUCGAUUCCGAACCAACAACGACUUGAGUCGCAGAGACACUUCCCAUCAGUAUUUCUCUUUGCUUAUACAAACUCUCUGAUGCGACGGCCGUUAUCAACCGCGGCUAUCUCCGACCAACAACGGCCCGGCUUCGUUAUCUCAACUACUUCGAUAGGCCAAACCUGCCCGUUCGACGACUACAUUAUUACCUGACCGCGUCCACUCGGCCCGCCCGCGAUGGUGCAUUUCGACUGCUGCGCACGCAAUCCCAGCCUUGGGCUUUUGCAGCUUCCCAAUUCGUCGCAGCGCUUACCAUUACAAGCUAUUACCGUCGCAACUCGGGGAUCCACCAAGCCGACUUCGGCUAGUAUAUAACCUGCACCAUGAGCCCGUGGUUCGCCUCUCGUAGUCUUGGUGAGCUUGUUCUUCCUCCCUCCUUUCGUCAAUACUGUGCUGCUGCAAAUAUGGCGCGCGGAUCGCUGGUCAAGUGUUUCACCGGUCUCUUGACGUUGCAAAGUGCCUUGGGUACUCCUGUCAAGAGUGGGGAAUCAUGGUCGUCAGACUACCCUUCCAAGCCCAUUCUGAAGGAGGGGGAGUUGGGUGCUGUCGCCUCGGAGAGUGAUAUCUGCAGUCAUAUCGGUAUUGAGUUACUGAAGUUGGGUGGAAAUGCUGCAGAUGCCAUGGUCGGUACUGUAGCAUGUGUAGGCGUUGUCGGCAUGUACCAUUCUGGUAUCGGCGGAGGAGGUUUCAUGCUUGUACGCGCACCAAACGGCACAUAUGAGUUCAUCGACUUCCGCGAGACAGCACCAGCCGCUGCAUUUGAAGACAUGUACAAGAACAAUGAGGACGCCAGCAUCAAUGGCGGUCUCGCUUCUGGAGUUCCAGGUGAAUUGCGUGGGCUUCAACAUCUUCACGAAAAUUACGGUGUCUUGCCAUGGGCCACUGUGCUCACCCCAGCUGUAAAGGUGGCCAGAAAUGGCUGGCGAGUGAACGAAGAUCUGGUCAAGUACAUGGCCUCUGCCACCUCAUCGUCCAACUUCUUGGUCGACGACGUCGAGUUUGCCCUUGAUUUUGCGCCGAAAGGACGUCUGCUCAAGCUCAAUGAGACCAUUACGCGAAAACGUUAUGCCGACACACUCGAGACCAUUGCAAACGACGGUCCAGAUGCAUUCUACAGUGGUCCUAUUGCAGAAGCCACUAUCCGGGCACUCCAAGCUGCCAACGGAACUAUGACCCUCGAUGACCUCUCCAAUUACACUGUGGCCAUUCGCAAGCCAUCUACCAUAAACUACCGCGACUACAAGCUCACAGCCUGUAGCGCACCCUCAGGAGGAGAAGUCGCCCUCGCCACACUUAAGAUUAUGGAAGGCUAUUCCGAAGUCGGCAACCCAGAAAACAUCAACCUAACUACCCACCGCCUUGACGAAAGUAUGAGAUUCGCCUACGGCAUGCGCGCUGAACUAGGCGACCCUCUGUUCCUCGACGGAAUAGACGCAUAUCAAGAGCAAAUGCUCUCUGAAGCUACAGCUAAAGAGAUCCGCUCCAAGAUUUCCGACUCAAAGACUUUCGACGUGGCCUACUACGACCCCGCUGGUCUCGAAUCCCUCGAAACACCCGGAACUAGCCAUAUUGUAACUGCAGACAAGAGCGGCAUGGCCGUCACACUAACGACAACCGUGAACCUACUCUUUGGAAGCAAGCUUGUCGUCCCAGAAACUGGUGUCAUCAUGAACAAUGAGAUGAACGACUUCAGUAUCCCAAACACGACAAAUGCUUUUGGAUACAUUCCGUCGCCUGCGAACUUCAUUCGCCCUGGAAAACGCCCUCUUUCAUCCAUCUCCCCUGUAAUCGUUGAACAUCUAAACUCGUCAUCCAUCGCGAGCGCUUUUUACGUCGCUAUUGGUGCUGCGGGUGGCAGUCGUAUCAUCACAGCUACCAUCCAGAACCUGAUCCAUAUCUUGGAUGGAAAGCUGACAACGGCAGAGGCGCUAGCUGAACCAAGAAUUCAUGAUCAGUUGGUGCCUGCCCAAGUGAGCUUUGAGUAUGGAUUCAACAAUGGAACCACGGCUUUCUUGAAGGAGCUGGGAAGUAAUGUUACCUGGGUCGCGCCUGGUUCAAGUACAGCACAGGGUUUGAGACGCUUGACAAAUGGAACGUUCGAAGCUGCUGGUGAGCCUAGACAGAAGAAUAGCGGUGGAUUUGCUGUUUAGAUAAGUAAGGUGGGAAUAACUAUAGUGCCAUAGCCUCAUAGUGCCCGUAGAUUGAGUCGUGAAUGAGAUUUCGACUACUGAUAACGUG